ACCUGUAGAAGAAAUCCCUACCAUAAAAUAUACAUGUGAGGGUUUCAAAAUCUGAAAUGAAAUCAGUCUAUCACCACUCUUCGUUCGAUUAAGUGCGUUGUUUUGUGAUUAAAUUUUUGAAUAUGGCUGGUUCGAUUGAAAACAUGCGUGCUGUUUACAAGAAGAAUGUUUUUACAUAUGUGCCUCCGUCACCACCGGCUAACCUAAUCGAUUGCAGUAAUUUUUUCCUUGAUUUUUCAUCUCGCAAGUUUUUAAACAUCGGACUCGAUCCGACAGAUGAAUUCAACACCGUGAUUCACAUUAUAACACCAUCACGUUUUGUAAAUAUUUCCUCCGAUUUUCUCAAACGUAUUUUCCGACUUAUGGGAAACAUUUUAUCAUUUAUACUUGAACAACCACAAAAGUAUAAGCGUAAUUUAUUUUUGGAUUCCGAUUCAAUUACAAUAUCUAGUAUGGUGUACCAAGGAGAGAAUAUGCUCAUUAUAGAAUCUAAAAUUCAAGACGGAUGUCGCAUACUGUUAAAUCGUAACGACUUAUUAAAGUUACAAGAUUUAGAGUGGUCAAUUUUCGAGAUCAUCGAGAGAAAAACCAAAAUCGUUAAACCGCUCGUAAUACAGCAAAUUAAUCAAAUCGCAUCAUACUUAAAAACAAAUACCAAGGUUGAAACUAGAACGCUUGAAGAUAUGACAAUUCGCGUGAAAAGCAUUAACAACAUUUGCAUUGCAACACAUGUAAAUGACUACAAUUUCACAAGUCAGCUUCAAUUACAUGCAGCUGAACAUGUCGCACAAAGAUGGUUGGACGAAUUAGAAAAAGAUGAGGUAAGAAAAAAAAUAUUUUUUUAUUUUUCUCAUACCAAUAUUAAUAUAUUAUAUUUUAUAGGGAUACGAGAAACCUUUUUCACCGCCAUCAUUUUACACUAUAUUUAAUGAGGUAAUAUAACAAAACCUACUUUAUAAAAAACAAAUAUUUUAAUAUUUCAUGUUUUAGGAAAUUCUUUCUGAUAUCUCCCCUCCAUCACAGACAAGCUGUACAGACGAAAAUGAUGGACCAUACGGACCGCAAUACAAUACUACCAACUCACUACCCAAAAGACGACACACUGUUUAAUGUACUUUUGUGUAAAAAUAUUUUUGUAUAAAAUUUGUAUAGUAUUUGUGUAAAAUAAAAACAA